CACUACACUCCAAAGUCCAAGCUAAAUCAAAAAAUAUUUCUUGUUACAGGAAAGUGCCAUUCCUUUGGCCAUUGAAGGAAAGGAUAUUUUGGCUAGAGCAAAGACAGGUUCAGGAAAAACUGCCGCGUGAGUCAGUUUUAAAACAUGAUUUAUAACUGUCUUUGUUAAAAUUGGUUGUAACUUAACCUGAAAGAGAUAAAGAAAAUUUUGAUGUAUUGGAAAAUGAUCCUUCUGAAAAUAAGUAGUUACUAAUUACCAGAUGAAAGACCUUCUUCUUCUAAAACUGUCAAUUUGAAAAUGUUCCUCAUUUAUAUUAAUAGUUAUGACCAAAAUAAUGACAUUUUAUUAUAGAGUACUACCUAUAUAGGAUCCCCAACAGAUUAAGGUAGUGUACUUUAUGUAAUUGACAUACAUUACAUCGAUCUGUCAAGUGGAACUUUGCUAUGCUCUUUUCCAUUUAGGUAUGCAAUUCCAAUUAUUCAAAAAAUUCUUCAGGAGAAAAAGGUUUGUAUAUUGUGUAUAUGCUCCAUCAUGUAUAUUGUGUAUAUCCUGCACAUGUGGUUCAGACUUCCCCUGGGGUGCACCCCUAACAUUUCUCAUACUAGAUGUAGUAUAUCAAAUUGAGAUUCCACUGGAGUUAGUAUCAUUAUAGAUAUGGACUCAAGGCAAAUUAUUUCUGAAAUGUACUGUAGGUACAUAGGUAAAUGUGUGUUUCUCUUUCCAGGAAAACCAAAAUGAAGCAUCAGUGAGAGGAAGUAAUUUUAGUUCCAACCAAAGAAUUAUCUCAACAAGCAUGCAAGAAUAUGAAGGUACUAAAUAAGUUAUGUGUCUGAUCUUGAUAAAGUCCUCAAUUUACUUUUAUACGGCAGUCAAUAAGAUACAAAUCAGCACAUAAUAUUUGGACCAGCUGGUAUGUAGAUUAGUCAGUCUAAUAUUCACAAUUCUGGGGCUGGAUUGGCAAUAACAUUUGUGCUUUGGUUAAAAUUUAACCUGCUGUUUUAGUUUAUGUAUUCCUGCACAUCUGUUUAUUUCAAAACAUCAGAGAAGAAAAUUUGCUUUUCCCCUUGACAAGUAUAAUUGUCUGGCAUUAGACAGUGAGAAUAAAAUAACAAAGUAGGGUCAAAUGUUGGGCUUCAAUGCAGUGAAAGGCUUAAAAAGGGUUAAAUUGUCAAGAACAAUUUCAAUUUUUGAAAAUUAUAGGAUCUUACAUCAUAUUGUUCUCGGAGUGUGCGUGUUGUUGAUGUUGCUCAAGCAACGCUUGAUGUCGUCAGGUACAGUUUCACAUUCAGUCACACCUACCUAUUUCCAGUGAAUAUUUUAAGAAUAAGAAAACAAAAUUGCUCAUUUUGAGUGACAAAAACAAGGACAUGUUUGCUAGAGAGUGGAUUCAAAUAUUAUAAAUUUGAACUAAUGUGUUUUGAACAGGCCAGUUCUAUUGGAGAAACCAGACGUUGUCAUUGGUACUCCAAGUCGUGUUCUGGGCCAUCUUCAGGCAAAGGUUGGUCACAAAUGUAAAAUUUGUUAAUAAUUGACUACAUGUACAGUACAGUAAUUGAGGAUAAUGUAUGCAAAAUUUGGAAAGUCAAAAAAAUUGAAAAAUGUGUUAAAUUUAGGUGAUUUUAUUACAAUCUUCCUUAAAUAAUAAGAUAAUAAGGCAUGUUCGGUUGCAUGCUUGUCAGAUCUUGGAAUCCUAGGUAACGGCGCUGCCUGAAAGUGCCUGAAGCUUAAAUGCAAUCCUUCGUAACUCCCUUUUCAAAUGCCAGAACUCCGUUUUCAAAAGCCAGAACUUCCUUUUCUAAGCCAAAACUCCCUUUUCAAAUGCCAAAACUCCGUUUUCAAAAUGCCAAAACUCCAUUUUCAAAUGCCAGAACUCCGUUUUCACAAGCCAGAACUCCGUUUUCAAAUGCCAAAACUCCCUUUUCAAACGCCAAAACUCCCUUUUCAAAAUGCCAAAACUCCAUUUUCAAAUGCCAGAACUAUACCUUUUCAAAAGCCAGAACUCCGUUUUCAAAUGCCAGAACUCCAUUUUCAAAUGCCAAAACAUCCUUUUCAAAUGCCAGAAGUCCCUUUUCAAAAGCCAAAAUUCCCUUUUCAAAAGCCAAAACUUCCUUUUCAAAUGCCAAAACUCCCUUUUCAAAUGCCAAAACUCCGUUUUCAAAUGCCAGAACUCCAUUUUCAAAUGCCAAAACAUCCUUUUCAAAUGCCAGAACUCCCUUUUCAAAAGCCAAAAUUCCCUUUUCAAAAGCCAAAACUCCCUUUUCAAAUGCCAAAACUCCCUUUUCAAAUGCCAAAACUCCCUUUUCAAAUGCCAGAACUCCGUUUUCAAAUGCAAGAACUACCAUUUCAAAAGCCAGAACUCCGUUUUCAAAAGCCAGAACUCAAGAUACAUUAAAACAGAUCAGUUUAUGAUUGCUUUGUUAUUAUAGAAUCUUGAUUUAAAGAAAUCAUUAAGCAUGUUAGUAGUUGACGAAGCUGACUUGGUGUUUUCUUAUGGUUAUGAAUAUGACUUAAAAAUGUUGUUGAGGUGAAAGUUUAUUUCUUUUAUAAUUCCAUUUGUCUUGUGACGGAUGUGAAUGAGUGGAUUAGUUAUAAAUGUUCAGAUGAGGGUACAAUAUACAUACUUAGGACGUUAUAUGUUAUAUCUUGUCUACUCAUUCACAUGCAUCAGAAGAAGAAAAUCGCAGACUAGAAGUUGCAGAAAAUAUUGGCUUUGCUAUUCAGUCUACAAUUUUCUUUACCUUUGUCCAGGCGUCCUGGGACGCCCCUAGAACAAAAAAUGGACGCCGUUGGGCGCCCAAAGUCUGGGGAAAAAGGGAAAUUAUUUUCAAUUAUUUCCCUAAGUAUAUUAAUAUAUCUGAAACGAAAUAGCUUCAAUUCUCAUUAUUAUUAUGAUACAUUUGACAUUUUGAUCAAUUUGUACCUGGCUGAAUGAAAAUGUCGUAGUUAAGUAAAGAAGCAUAGCGGCACAAACUCACAAAGCCAAGUGUGUUUGAAAAAUUUCGAACGAGCUUGGAACAGAUACUGACAUGAAGUAAACGUAAACUUCAAACGUUUUUCUUGACACCCCCCCCCCCUUCACUGUAGAUGUAUCGUGGUACCAAAAUUGGACGACCUCUUUUAGGAACCUGGCUAAAAGCCUGCUUCUACAUGUAUAUAAAAUAAUUCUUUCAUUUUGUAGCCACCUCCCAAAAAUUUAUCAAGCAUUUUUAAUGUCAGCAACAUUAACAGAGGUGAGAAGAUGCAUGUCAGUGUGUUGGUGCUUCCUAGAGUUUAUAGAUUAGCAACUGUUUCUUGACAAACUUUCCUGAUGGGAUUUUUUACUUGUUAACAAUGAGUUCUCUGUCUGCAUCCAUACACUAGGUGAAGUAAGAUGCAAGUUUGACAGUUUGUUUUCCGUUAAACUUCACAGUCAAGACAAAAAUUUUUGUCAGUGUGUUUGUGCUUCCUAGAGUCUAUAGAUUAGCAACUGUUUCUUGACAAACUUUCUUAGUAGGAUUGUUUACUGUUAUGAGUUCUCUGUCUGCAUCCAUACACUAGGUGAAGUAAGAUGCAAGUUUGACGGUUUGUUUUCCGUUAAACUUCACAGUCAAGACAAAAAAAUUUUCAUUCUUAUCUCAGAAUACAUGCUUCCGUAAAGUACGUUACAUUUGCUAUAGAGCCUCGUUUUGUGAUUGAGACGUUAGCGUACACGAAAACGAGGCUCUAUAGCCAAAGUGGCAUACUUCCCGGAACGGUGUAUUACUAUGAAAAUAUUUUUCAUAUAUAUUUUUUUUCAUGUUUUAUUAGGAAGUAAAAGAACUCAAGAAGCUCGUAUUGCAAAAUCCUGUACGUUAUGUAGUAUAUAUAUAUGGGAUAUAUUCAAUGGUUAUAUUCUACUUUUUUUUUCAAUGAUUGAUUUAACUUAUUGAAAAUUGCAAUUAUUCAUGAUUAGGUAACCUUGAAAUUGGAUAGUUCAGAACUGCCACAAGAAGAUAGCCUAAAACAAUAUUUAAUAAAGUGAGAUUGGUUAAUUGUAUUUGAAGAUAUUGCUGUUUAAGUCUAUGAAAUGUUAAUGUGGAUUGUGGAAUUAAAUUAUAAGUAUAUUUUUUAUCUUUAGGUGCGAAGCGGAUGAUAAAUUUUUACUUAUUUAUACUCUAUUAAAGUUGAAGUAAGUCUCAUGCGUUAUCUCUUGUACUAACUUAUAGGUCUCAUUCAUCUGUAAUAUCCACAUUCUAUCCUUUUCUUCAGGCUUGUGCUUGGUAAGACGUUGAUAUUCGUCAAUGGUAUUGAUCGAUGUUACAGGUACUGUAUCUUCGAAGUGUUCAAUUGCUUCUUUGCUGUACUAAGCAGUGAGCUUACUACUGUAUACCUAACACAUACCCAUCUGAUUGGGCACUGAUAAAACUGAUAAUCUCGCAUGCGAGAUUAUAUUUAUGAUAAUUUCACAUGUGAAAAUUAUCGCUUUUCAAUUAUCGCUUUUCUGUAGCAAUUAUCGCUUUUCAAAGACUGUCCUUUAUAUAAUGAACAAAAAAAAUACAUGGGUGCUUGGAAAUACUAGAUUUAUUUCUUGUGUUGAACAUGAUAUCUCACUGACUCGUAAGCUGCGCUCACUCUUGAGAUAUCAUGUUCAACACUCGAAAUAAAUCUGGUAUUUCCGCGCACCCAUGUAUUAUUCUCUAUAUAUUAAACGUAUCUGAUUGGUCCCUUACUACUAGCGGUAGUGAAAAUCAAAUCUGAACCUCUCUAUUAGUUUCGUGAUGAAGGAUCGUCUCUUGAAAUCUCUAAGGGUUUUUGAUAAUUUUUGAAUACAAUUAUCUUUUUCAGGUUCACAGACACAAACCCCACGGCAGAUCGUAGUUAAUGUUGUUGAGCUUUUGUUUUAGAUUGAAACUCUUCCUGGAGCAAUUUUCAAUCAAGUCUUGCGUUUUAAAUUCGGAAUUACCACAUAAUUCAAGGUGAGCUUUUGAUUUUAAAUUGUGUAAUCUUUAUAAUGUAGGAGUAUACAAGCCUAAAUGAUUUCAUUGUUUAUUUUAUUCAUAUAAUAUCUUUCAUGUUAGAUGCCACAUUGUGGAGGAAUUUAACAAGGGGAUUUAUGAUUACAUCAUUGCGACGGAUGAAAAUCUUGAGACAUCAAAAUCUUCAAACCGUAUCCUUAGUAGCCUUGAAAUACUUAUAAUGAGCCCGAAAACAAUGAUGCUCUGAGUAGUGAGUAGCUGUUUAGUUUUCACUAUUUGUACAUAAACUUACUUAUAUACUUUCAAUUUUUAAAUCUGUAUUUUUCAAGUUUCUUUAACGGUACAUUAGCUUCUCAUAAAAAUGCAAGUAAUACAAAAGACAAAGAAUACGGUGUUUCCCGUGGUAUAGACUUUCAAGGUAGGCUUCAUAUAUAUCAAAACGUCGAUAAUAAUGAGUUCUUAAUGAAUGCGUUCUUUAAGUACUUUAAAAUGUGCUUUGUAGCUAUAUUGUGGAUUACAAAACGAGACGUUCACUGUGGCCUUCCUGUCGAAGACCUAAGUCAACUGUCAUUCCGAAAGCUUUUCAGAAUAUUUUUUCAGAUCAGUGAACGUCUCUACUCGUGAUUAUGUUUCUGUCCGACCGUGCUUCAUCAAUUUUGCAUCUAAUUUAGAUGUUGAAAAUGUCCUAAAUUUCGACUUUCCAAAGACUGUUGAAAGCUACGUUCACAGAGUUGGCAGGUAGGUUGAAGUGAAGAAAUUUUCGGAUGUGGUAAUUUUUUAUUGUAAAUUUAGUGUAAAGAAAAAGAGAUUAGGUCUUUUAUUCAUGCAACACGUCUAACUACCGUGAAUCCUAGUAACCCCCAGGAGGGGCCUUAUUGGAGGGAGAGGGGACUUGUAGAGAGAAGAGUUUAUUGAUUUAGCUGAAAAGUAGGAAUUAAGAAACUUAUUUAAUCCAGUCAGGGGGGCUUAAUAAAUUUCUCCUGAAAGGGGGUUAUUAUAGAGUCUUAUUUAAGAGAAAGUUAACAAGUUAUCUGCAAUUGGUUUCCAGGACUGCUCGUGGUUACAACACUGGUAAUGCACUUUCUCUGGUGACGUCAUCCGAUGAUAAAACGAUUACUGCCGUCGAGGAACGAUUAUCUCCGAACCCAGGUGAAGUAGCUAGAGUUAUCGUUAUGACGUAAUCUGACCAAAAUAUAUUCUUGACAACCUUUCAUCCACUAUACUGUGGCCGUCGAUAGCUUCUGUACAAUACUAGUAAAAAUAACUAUAUAAUUUUUGUGUUUUUCUGUUCGGUAUAUUUUAGCGUCGACAGAUGAUAAAAUUUUUAAGCCGUUCAAAUUCAGAAUGGAAGAGAUUGAAGGAUUUCGUUAUCGUGCCCAGGAUGCUUUGCGAGCUGUGACGAAAGCAUCGGGUAAGAUUCGUGGACAAAUAUAAAAUGUAAGGUCCUGACUGCAUGGAAACACCUGGCAAACUGUCUCGUGACCAGGCUCUUUGGUUUAGGAGGUAGCCCCACACCCAUCAUUGUCACUACAUUUGAAGUUGACCGUCAUGUAUAUAGCACCUCACCUAUAUAAAGCUUUCUGAACCCUCCUAAGUUAAGUUGAAAUCGUUGUUUUACUGUACUUUCAGUCCGGGAAGCAAGAUUAAAAGAAAUUAAGUCGGAAAUUUUAAAUUCCGAAAAGUUAAAGGUAAAACAUUGCCAUAAUCCGUAACAUAGGCGAGUUGUUACCAUUAUAGACGUACCUUCCUUAAAACAUUUUUUACUGGUUUUACUAAUACGUGGUUUUGUAUCAUAUGUAUCAUUUCAUUCUUACAGGCUUUCUUUGAAGACAAUCCACGAGAUUUGCAACUACUGAGGCACGAUAAAGAUCUGCAUCCAGCAAAAAUUCAACCACAUUUAAAACACGUUCCAGAUUAUUUAGGUAAGGUCCGACAAAUCGUAAUGUGUCGACGUCUAUAUACAGGGUUCGUAGCAGUCUUUGAAAUCCUUGAAAGUCUGUAAAUUUGAAUGCAGGUCUUUAAGGUCUUUUAACAGUCUUUGAAUUGUGUAAAAAAGCGAAGAAAGUCUUUAAAUUCUUUAGUGAGUAUUUGAUUAUACGAUUUCCUACUGUAGCUAAUAAAAUAGAUUGAUUGAAGCAAGAUUUUCGCAAAUAUCGACGAAAAAGUGCAUUUUAGGAUGUGAUUUGAGGGGACUAAUUACCUUGUAAAAAUGGUGCUUAUACACUCGCAAUUUUUCGACAGCUGAUUGCUCUCAAAGGUCUUUGAAAAGUCUUUGAAAAUAGGCAGAAAAAAUCUUUGAAAAUCUUUGAAUUUUUUUGGUCUUGGAGACUACGAACCCUGUAUAUACCUAUAAACUGUUACACCCUGGAACAGUUGCCAUCUUAUACAUCGGUUGUAUACUGUUAAGCACUGCAUGGAUCGACAUUCAAACCUAUAUAUAAGAAGGGCUCAUGGAUAAAAAUGAAUUACCUUAAUUUUAUGCUGUCCAUAGUUAGUUUGAGAGAAUAAAGUAUACAUUACUCUUUUGUCUCGUUAAAUGAAUCGUUUCCACAUUUAGUUCCUGAAACGCUGAAACCAACGCUAAACAAAACACAACAUCGGAAAAGAAGUUACGUGCCUUUCCACAAACACUCACGAAAUAACAAUAAUCACAAGGUAACCAUCGCUAACUUCAAUCAUGAGUGGGAAACGACCAAAAUCACUCGUGGGAAACAACUGAUGUUUCUGAAUUUGUUGGGAAAGUUUUUUCUUCUUUGCCACGAUGUUUGGAAGAUCCGGUAACCGGUUAUAAGCAAUCAAGAGAAUAUUGAAAUUCCAGAUGUUGCCUCAACAACGUUUCCUACUUUGCCCAGGUCUUUAUGCUUGUAUGCAUGCAUGGAAUCAACCUUGUUCCCAGUGUCUCACCUCGACCCACGUGGCAAUGACGUGGCAUGAUAUGCCGACAGAAAACAGCAAGGAAACGGGGCUUCGUGCUAAAUUGUAUUAUUAUUUAUUUAAAAAAUUAUUUUAAAAAAUUCCUGGUUUCUGAUUGGCUAACAGCCAACAGUGAAAUUGUCAUAUCAACUCAAUGGCUAACCAAAUACGGAUUUUUCACAUUCAUAUUAGCAAAAUGACGUCAAAGAGUCAAUAUGAAAAAAAAUUGGACGCGUUUGCGCCAUAUUACUAUGACGACGAGAAUCAUAUUGACUCGCUGACGCCAUUGAUAUGAUGCAACGACGGCUGCCGAAGGACUGAGGAAUUGUUUUUUUCUUAAUACAAAUAAAAUACAAAUGUUUGUUUUGAAUUUUUUAAAUAAAUAAUAAAACAAUUAUUAAAUUCGGUUUUCGCACAAUAUGAAGAAUUAUCAAGCCCUCUGUUUGCCGUUAUCAACCUCAGCCUUCGGCUUCGGUUGAUAACGGCAAACUUCGUUGAUAACGGCAAACUGACCGGAAAAUUUAGAUAACAUUAGAAUGAGGUCCAUUUUCGCUAGAUAUUUGAGAAACAUAGACCAGAUCUUUCCAUUGAUACAGAGAAAAGAAUUCGAGUCUGACCGGUCAGGCCAUUAAAUGGAAAGCGCGCCCUUGCUGUUCUUGCUCUUGACAAUUACAGCGUACUUUGGAAAUGGUCUGUUGAAUUUAUAACUGUUUAAUGGUGUUUUGGUGUCCUUGGUGUUAUAGAGAGGUACAGAUUAGCACUACCGCUAUUACCUCUCUCUGGCUUAGUACGCAUGUGAUUGGUUAAUCCGAAAUAUCAAACGCAUCUGAUUGGUUAAUGAUCCCUUUAUGUUAGCCGUAGUGGAAGUCCUCUCUUAUGUAGGUUAGAGUGCGAUCAUUUUAUCUUCUCAUUUACAGAAACAAAAGUUAGAUCCAUUACGAACCUUUAAAGCUACUCAGAAACCUCACGAAAAUAAGGUAAAUCGUAAAGUUUCCCCCCUUAAUAAAAGAUUAUACUGUAUGACAAUACAAGGUGACUUACUAGUUGAUUUACUCGUUUGUAGAUAUUAAACAAACAAUAAACAAAAAUAUAGAAGAUAUAAAAGUGUAUAAGUUUGCCCUUUUACAAUGCCUUUUAGUAUAGUAUAACAUUUUACGUAUUCUUUUGUUUAGAAACGACGAAAAAAUAAACGCUAAUGGAGUUAAUAUCAAGCAACAAAUUCAGAGUGAAUACGCGAAUUCCAAGUGAAAGACUCGAAGUUGACAAUUGUGUGCUUUGUUGGGCUUCAUUAAACGUUCCAGCGCACCAUAUGUUGGUCAGUUUCAGUUUAUUGUGAAGCGUCACUGGGCAGCAGACGGUGGGCCAACCGAUCACGUUCGCACGUGUGCUGUACGGGUCAGAGACCGGGACUGGGGUUGAAGAUGGCGGAAGUGUGUACAAGUAUGAUGGCUAUAUUUAAUAAAAUCGUGCAGUUUGAGUACAUUAUACCAGGUUCUUUCCCUUGAGGGAAUAACCUUGGAGUAAGGUUGACGGUAGCAGCCUCGGAAAUAUUGACACAUUACAGUCGUGCCAAUAGAAGCGUUCCGAAAAAUGUUGACCAAUUCAUUUCCUAACUUGAAGGAACACCUCUGAACAAUUCCUCAACAAUUUGAUAAGUUCCUUAAAAAGUUCCUAACUUCCUGUUUCAUUGACCAAUCAAAUUUUAUUUUUGAGCAAUCUGAUUGGUCAAUGAAACAGGAAGUUAGGAACUUUUUAAGGAACUUAUCAAAUUGUUGAGGAAUUGUUCAGAGGUGUUCCUUCAAGUUAGGAAAUGAAUUGGUCAACAUUUUUCGGAACGCUUCUAUUGGCACGACUGUAAACACUUAUCAAUAUAUGAAACAAUGUAUUAAAAAUGUCUUUAAUAAUAUAUUAUUUAGUUAACCUAAUAGCCACGGUUCUGAGUAUGCGUUGGGUCUCGUUCUAUAAACUGUGGUUAUUUACAUAAUGCUAACGUGUCCGACAAGCCUUGGAAGAGUACACAUAAAAACACGUAACACGUAAAAAACACACAUGCCUGCAUCAGACUUGUAGCAAUGCUGUUCCAACAACUUGUCAACAGGAUGUGUUCGCACUGCUUGUUCCCAGCUUGUUGACAAGUUGUCAACAGCUUGAUGACAACUUGCUACAAGGUUGUUGAACUCGACAGACUUGUUACAAACGUCCUGUAAUUCAACAAUUUGUCAACAAGUUGUGAGUGACAACCUUGUAGCAACUUGAUAAAAUAACAGCAUUGUUACAACUUCGGUUCACAAGUUUGCUACAAGCCUGUUGAGAACACAUCUUGUUGACAAGUUGUGAGAUUCAGUUUUACGUGUGUACCAGUUGUAUAUAUAUAUGUG